AGAGGAAGACGAAGAUUGGGGAAGAAUCUCAGAAACCCUAACAAGAAACUCAGAUCAAAUUGGAGAACAGCGUUGUUGUUUCAUACUGAGUAUUAAGGUUAGACUUGACGAAAAAUGGGGGAAACCGGAGAGAAGGCGGCGGCGGAGGCUUCGCUGAAAGAUCAGGGGAAUGAGUUUUUCAAAACUGGGAAUUAUCUCAAAGCUGCAGCUUUGUAUACUCAGGCCAUUAAGAAAGAUCCUUCUAAUCCUGCUCUUUACAGCAAUCGUGCCGCAGCAUUUCUGCAUUUGGUAAAACUGAACAAAGCACUUGCUGAUGCAGAGACUACAAUCAGUCUAAAACCAGAUUGGGAAAAGGGAUAUUUUAGGAAAGGGUGUGUUUUAGAGGCUAUGGAAAGAUAUGAAGAUGCAUUAGAUGCCUUCCAGGUUGCAUUGAAGUAUAAUUCGCAGAGUUCUGAGGUGUCCAAAAAAAUAAAACGGAUCAUACAAUUGGCGAAAGACAAGAAACGGGCUCAAGAAGUGGAGGAUAAGCGAUCGAAUGUUGAUAUGUCCAAACAUUUAGAUUCCACAAAAACAGAACUAUCUGCGGCCUAUGAAGCUGAAGAUUGUUGGAAGGAGAUUUUCUCUUUCCUUGUUGAAACAAUGGAGAAUGCUGUAAAAACAUGGCAUGAAAAAUCUACUGUCGAACCUAGAGCUUAUUACUUGCUUGAUAAAGAGAACACAGAUACAGAAAAAUACGCUCCAAUUGUUAAUAUAGAUAAGGUACAAAACCUUUUGCCAAUUGUUAAUAUAGAUAAGGCAUUUGAAUCACCGCAUACGCACAGCAGUUGUUUCUCCUUCCUCAGGCAGUACGCCGAAGAGUCUUUCUCUCAAGCUGCAUGUUUAGCCGCUCCCAAAAGUAUAAUAUCGUACCCUCAGGUGUGGAAGGGCCAAGGAUCAAGAAAAUGGAAGCAUGGACAAAAUGAUGGUUUCUUUUUCCAAUUUGAAUCACCACUUCUGCGUAAAAUUUGGUUUAUUCCCAGUUCUAACGAGAAGGGCCGAACUUUGUGCAGGGAUCCUGUCGCUCUAGACAUUGACGUGCAUGAAAUAAUUCCUCGUAUCUUCAAAAAGGCGUAAUUUAUAUGCACGAGCCACAUCCGAUUCUCUAGAUGAAGAUUUUGUGAAGAGGACUUAAUAUAAGCCAUGGAGCAGACAUUGUUGUGAGGUGGCGCCGACCUAGUUCUCAACAUUGGACAUCGAUUCGCAAGUCCAACAGUUUGUCCAAAUUAAGGUGCUUUUUUCCUCGGACUAGGUAAAGAUUCAAUCCAAUGGAAAAAUGCUUGUACUAGCCGUCAUAGCGCGCUUGAAAUUUGUUUUGUUGGAUGGUAAGCAUAAUUGGAAUACCAAUUUCGAUCUGCCCUUAAACUAUGCUAUGAUUUGCUGUGUGGUUUGAUUGAUUUUGAAAUUUUCUAUUUAUGUAUGGAAUGUAUCAAUUUCCUGAUUC